UGCUGGGAACACCACUGGCCUCUUCCCAAAAGUAUCAUUGACUCAUCGUAACAAGUGCUGAAGCUCCCAGAAGAGUUUAGUGCAGCCAGGAUCCACAGUCCUGCUGUUUGCUUGUGUACACUUGAUACAAGGGAAAGGAGCUGUCAUGGAGAUCAUUUAGUCAGGCUUUCAGAACAGAACAUACAAGCAUGGGUAGCGACGACCAUAUCCUCAUCACCUUGUCCGGAGAAGGUCCCUGGGGCUUCAGACUGCAUGGGGGUGCAGAGAAGAGCUUACCUCUUCUUGUGUCAAAGGUACGUAAGCGCAGCAAGGCAUGCCGAGGAGGACUAAGAGAAAAAGAUGAGCUGACCGCCAUUAAUGGAAAACAAUGUGCAGGACUAUCACAUGCAGAGGCAAUGCAGAUAAUAGACUCAUCAGGUGGAAGUCUCCACAUCCGUGUUAAACGGACAGCAGCUGGAGCCCAGACACCUCGGUCCCACAGAGUGUAUCCUUCCCCUAGCAGCCCAAACUCCAUCAGGAGUCCAGAACCCCCCAGUUCAUGGGGUACAUCCCCAUCCAUCUCCACCACAACUGGCCAACCACGACUGCUGCACCUGGAGAGCAUUACCUCUCCUCCAGAUAGUGAAGCCUACUACGGGGAAACUGACAGCGACGCUGACAUCAAGGCAUCUCCAGGACAUCUCCAGAGUGCACAACAGCAUCAUAACCAGCAGCAAGCACCUCAAGAGAAGCACCGCAGGUCACGGAAGAAGGGUCCAAGAUCACCGCCUGGGAGCAGCAGCAAGGCAGCGAACGAGCAGCAAUCACUAUCUGAAAUGAGUGGGUAUGAAAGUGGUCCUGGAGGUGCAGCUGAAAAUGUCUUGCAGCCAACAAGUGGAGUGGCCAAAAGAGAAAUAAAAUAUGAGCCUGAUGGUAGAGCUGAAACCCCCUUCUCAGAUUUGGAAGGCUUCCUGCCAGCUGAAGAGCCUGAACCGAUAUCCAAUGUCACUGCAGGCUCACCUGAGUCUUUACUUCUGCCUCAUGCCACCAAGAGCAUCAAAGCUGAGAGGCAUCUUAUUCCUAUGAUAGGACCGGUGGAUCACCCGGUAGAUGAGGAUCUGACCACAACCUACUCAGAUAAGGCCAAAGAAGCAAAACUUCACCGUAGUGAAAGUGCCCAGGAGAAAAAUGUAAAAGAAGCUAGAACCAAAUGUAGAACCAUUGCAUCUUUGCUAACUGAUGCUCCAAACCCCCACUCAAAGGGGGUUCUUAUGUUUAAGAAGAGACGGCAAAGAGCAAAGAAAUAUACCCUUGUUAGUUACGGAAGCGUAGACGAAGAUCGUUACAUUGAAGACGAAGACGGUGUCCUUCCAACAAGUGAAUCGGAAUUUGAUGAGGAAGGCUUUUCUGAUGCACGUAGUCUAACAAACAAUUCUGAUUGGGACAGCACAUAUCUUGACAUUGAAAAGCCCAAGAUGGAACAUGAACAUCCAGAAGAAAAAGGUCUGAGUGAGGCAUCUGGCAAAGGUGCAGCAUUGUUUGAACUGCAAAGGCAAAAAUCAGAACACGCUGUUGAAAAUAUUUCAGCACAAAACCCUCAGAUUCUUCAAAAGACCCCCAUUGCCCCUCCUCGGAAGUCAAUGGUCAAUGGAAAUGUCAACCAUCAGGUUAAUUUAGAAAGAAGCCAGCAGGCUCAAGGCUCAGAGAACAUUAAAGUGACAAGUGCACAGAUAUCACUAGCCCCAGCUCACACUCUGGUUCCACAAGCUGGUAAUAUCCAGUCACCAGCCUCUGGAAUUGCAAUCUUUAACAGGUCUGCACGACCAUUUACUCCUGGUCAAGUUGGACAACGUUCUUUAGCCUCAUCAGUUAUAUUUAAUCCUAUGCCAGCAAAAAAAAAUGAAAGCGCACCAGUGCAAAAUAUUGCUCCUCCCCCAUUCACACCAUUUACACCUGAUAUAUCUGUAGGUCCUCAAAAAACUCCAGUUAGCUCAGUUGCAUCUCUUUAUAUUCCAGCAGCAGGAACACCACGGACUACUACUGCUUCAAUAUAUCUGUCAUCUCCUUCACGGCCACCAGGACCAUCAGCAAUUACAUCACAACCAAAUGUUGUACCUCAUGCUCCAGCAACCCCAGUGACACCUACAGCAUCACAGUAUAUAAGCCCUGCAAGUCACACAUCCUCUUACUCGUCACCAGCAGUCCAAUCACCAGAAUCUGCAACUUCAAGAGAACAAAAAAUCUCUGUCCCAGCUGGGCGCACUGGUAUCUUAAAUGAUGCCCGAAAAAGAGGAGGCAGGAAACAGAUGUUUGUUAAAAAAGAGGAGAAGAAGUACCAACCUAACCCAGAACUUUUGACUAUGGUUCAGAACCUUGAUGACAAACCACAACAUGCCACAGGAUUUGAGUCUGGCCCAGAAGAAGAUUUCCUUAGCUUAGGAGCUGAAGCUUGCAAUUUUAUGCAACCCUCAGCACGAAAGAAUAAAGUUCCUCCUCCUGUGGCUCCAAAACCCAUUUUAAAAACACCAGUAGAAGAAUAUGUAAAUGGAUGCCAAGAGUUACCCCUACUAAAAGGUAAGGGAGGAGAGUUGUUUGCAAAACGACAAAGCCGUGUGGACAAAUUUGUGGUAGACUCAGAACACAGAUCUCAAUCCAGACCUAACUCAAGGCCAAGAACACCCUCACCAACUCCGUCUCUUCCCUGCUCUUGGAAAUAUUCAUCAAAUAUUCGAGCACCACCUCCAAUUGCAUACAAUCCUUUGAUGUCUCCAUUUUAUCCAUUAGCAGCCUCAAAAUCUCAAGGGGGCAAAGUAGAAAGCAAAGUGAAAAAAGGAGCUAGUGGAAAGCCAAGAAUGCAAGCUAUUGAUUUUAUGCGUCAUCAGCCUUACCAGCUCAAUCCAGCAAUGUUCUGUUUUGCUGAUUCUUCUAGCCAGGAUAUCCCAAAACCAAAUCUCUCUGUAAAUCAAGGCAGACAAAUUCCUGUGAAAACUAGAGCUCAUGAGAUUAAGCGCUUCUCAACACCAACUCCAAUGUCAUCAUCUGUAAACAUGACUCCAACUGUGCUAGCCCCCAGGUCUGCAACAACACUUGCAGAACCAGUUUGGAGAACUGAUUUUUCUAGUCAGCCUACGUCUGCCAAUGUUUCUGGCCCUGCACAAUAUCAUUCUCCUAUCCUGGAAUCUCCUUAUGAGAAUUAUCAUGCUUCUACAGUUCUAAGUCCUAAGAGUUCUGUCACUAACCCCAGAGCAUCAAUUUCUAGAAUCCAGGUGCCAAAACCCAGGUUUUCUGCAGCAAAAACAGGAAUGCAGCCUAAUGUGUGGAGACCAGCCCGAGUUCACUUUUAAUUUUGCAGAUCAUCAUCUCUGAUGUUUUUUGCCCUUUAGUAAAAUGUUGGAAGUUCUGUUGUUUAGCUGUUUUGUAACAUGCAUAGGCAGAAUAACACUCGCACAAUCCUUGCUUCUUUCCUUUGAGACACCAAUGUACAUUGUACACCAAUGUCAGGAAACUAAACAAGUUAAAAUACAUAUGAAUGGUCAGAAAUACCUGUUGAUGGAUUACAGUUUGAAAAAUGAAGAUGAAAUAUAACCCGAAAGAAAAAUAUAAAUACAGAAUUACAAAAAGUUAAUUUUGAAAUGUACAGAAUGUAACCGGAAUGUAAUGGAAAACGCCUUAAAGAAUGAGCAUGCCCUUUGAAAGGGUUGAACAAAAAUGGGGACAUUGUGUCUACUGUGGUAGAAGGUUGGUGCAUCAACCCAUAAGGGGCUUAAUUAUGGAAUAUGUUUUCUGUCAUACCACCGUAAAAAUAAAGAUGAAAAUUGGUGCUCAGAAUGAACUUUUAACACACGUGCAAAAAUAACUCAGUCAGGAAAUAAGACAUACAUGCAGAUUCUACAUGUUUGCCCAGGCUAAAAUAUUGGAAAUUAACUUUGGUGUUCUGUACCAAACCUGAAAUUAAUCAAGUAACCAUA